AGCCAUUCUGGCACGCCCGCCGAAGGCCGGGCGGCCCGGGGCCCGCUCGUGCUGGAAGCCAGCAGCGCGCGCGGGGCUCAGGGCUCAGCUGCUGCGGGCCCUGGGGCAAAGGACUGCUUUUCAGGCGGGCUGCCCUCUUCCUUUGGGGCCGCCGCAGCCGAGCUCUCAAAAGGGCGCUCGGAUGGCCCAUGAGCGGCUCUGCGGCCGAUGCCGACUGCGGGCCGCGGGACGCUGCCGAGGGAGGCGCCCCCGCUGAGCGCGCGCCCGCGGCGUCCGUGGAGGCCCGCAGGGCCGCCGCGGCGCGCCUCCGCGCCCGCCGCGGGGCCGGCGGCGGCGGCGGCGCUGAGUCGUCCGCCCGCGCAGAGGACGCGCCGCCACCGCCGGAGCCGAGGAGGCGCUCGCAGCUGCCCCUGCCUGCGGACGAGGGGGGCGCGCGGGCCGCCAGCGGCGGCGCCGAGGUGCACGCGUGCGCAGACGCACCGCCGCCGCCGGAGCCGAGGAGGCGCUCGCAGGACGCGGGCCCCACGGACUUCGAGGCCGGCCUCGCGCCGGCGGCGGCCCGCUCCCCGAGGCGCACCUCUGCUCAGCGCCACCUGGACAAGAUCAGGCUGAACCGGAAGGUGCGCGAGGACGACCUGGAGACCCUGGCGCGGGGGGAGGUGCCCCCCGAGGACCUCGCGGCAGCCGCCGCGCCCUCGGGCAGACGGCGCGCGGCGGAUGCGCGGGCGCCGGCGCCGGGCGCGGCGUCCGCGGCGGCACAGGACGACCGGGAGAUUCUGCCACGCGGAGAGGUGCUCCCAGAGGACUUGGUGGCAACCACCAGGUCCUCGGGGAGGCGGCGUGGUGACACGCAGGCGCCGACACCAGAGGCGGCCGUGGCGGCUGAGGCGUGCGCGUGGGAGGGGCUCGAGGAUGAGCUGCGCCUCAGCCUGAGCGUCACUGGGGCGCUCGGUCUCCAAGAGAUCGUCAGCACCUGGAGCUCCUCGCCAGACGUGGCCGCACCUGCCAGGGAGCCCGCGCCGCAGAGGGGCGCCGUGGACGGCCCAGCCCACCAGAGUGGGGCGGAGGCGGCCUCGGCGCAAGCGCCGCCCGCGCCCGCGCCGCUCGUCGAGCAGGCGCUCGCCGGCCACUGGUCCUCCGCCCGCUCGCGCCCCGAGCGGCAGCCGGGCGCCCCCGGCGGCGCAGAGGCUCGGCAGGGCGGCGCAGCCGACCGACCAGCGCCCCCGCGCUGGCCGCGCCCUGCCUCGGGCACCGCCGCGGACGCGCCAGGGGUGCCGGCGCCGGAUGCACCCGAGGAGGACCUGGGCGCCACCGCCAUCCUCGGUGGGGCUGCGGCGAGGAUGCGGCGCAUCCACGUCGAGCAGCUCAAGGCCAAGCGGGUGGAGCGGCACGCGGACGGCGCCGAGCGGGGCGCGGAGCCGGAGCCCCUGGCGGAGGAGGCUCGGGCUGCCGCCUCGGACCCCGACCGCGCGGGGCGGAGGGCACGGCUCGAGCAGCUCAAGGCCAAGCGGGUGGAGCGGCACGCGGAUGGCGCCGAAUGGGGCGCGGAGCCGGAGCCACCGGCGGAGGACGCUGGGGCUGCCGCCUCUGACCCCGACCGCGCAGGGCGGAGGGCACGGCUGGCGGCGCUGCGGGAGCGGCGGGGCGUCAAGGCCGCAGGGCCAGCACCCGCCGCGCCCAAGAAGCCGUUCGAGCCCCAGCCGCUGGAGAUGCAGGAUGUGAGCAACUACGUGCCCGAGUGGGACGCUGGGCGCGACCCCAACCGCGAGGACAGGCGCUCCCAGGUGCUGGGCAUGAAGGUGCGGCGAGAGGAGAUGGCCGCUCUGCGCGAGCAGCGCGCGGCGGCGGCCCUGGCGGAGCUCGAGGCGGACCCGUCCGGCGGCCCACGCGGCGCGGCCUCUGCUGUGGCACGCGAGGAGGCGGACGUCGCGCCCAGCAGCCCCCGCUGCACUGCAGACCCCGCCUCGCCCUCUCCCGCCGUCGUGCGCGUGGAGUGGCCCCCGCAUGCGGAGAGGGCGGCGCCGCCCGCGCCGCCCGUGGUGCCCACCCCCGAGGCCUCUGCUGCCCAGUGCACCGGCGCCGCCACCAGCGAGCUGCAGCGCCCGCGAAGCGAUGGCAGCGGCCAUGGCGCUGCGCCACCGUCGGUCGCGCUGGCUGCGCCGUGCCGCACUGCGGCGGCUGGUGACGCCUCCUACGAGGAGCUCUGGCGCCUCCAGCGCAGCGACUGUGCAGCGACGCUGGCCUCCCGCCGAGGGGCUCCGCGCGAGCCCGUCCAGCAGGCCGUUGUGCCAGCAGGCGCGACGUCGAGCAGUGGAAAUGCCUCGAGUGACGGCGCCUCGCGGCUGGAGAGGAUACACGAGCUGCGGAGGGCACGUGGCGCCGACGCCUCCAGCGGCAGUCCCGAGCCGCAGGGUGUGGGAGGCGCCGGUGCCAGCAGUGCGGUGUCCGACCCCGCUGCGUCGCACAGAUGCCCGGACCAAGAGAAGACCAUGGCCGACAAGCUCGCGGCCCUCAUGCCGCAGGGUGGCCUGCUGGAGGACGCGGCCAACGCGUACCGAGAAAAGGCCAUGGCCGACAAGCUUGCCGCCCUGAUGCCGCAGGGCAUCCCGCUGGAGGACGCGGCCAACGCGUCCUUGAGGUUCGAGCCCGAGCCAGAGCACAUGCUGGAUGACUGCGUACCUGCACGGACCCCUCCGCAGGUCGGUGAGCCACCGGCAGAGUCGCUCGAGCUGGUCAAGCCGGCGCAGACUGUUGGCAUGGUGCUUUGA